AUGGGAUUCUUAUCUACAGCCUUCACUAAAGCUGCUGUGAUAUUUCUGAUUGCUUUCAUAAUAAUUAACUCUCUUGGAUUAUAUUUUUAUGCUCGUGCUCCAAACAUGUCUGCUUACUAUAAUCCAUCAAAGCCCUACUCUCACAGCCCUCCUAAAGGACCUGAAUAUGAUUAUCUACCAUUUAACUAUUCCAAAAACUACACAAGGAACAAGUUCACUGUUGUCAUGCCAACUUAUAACCGUAGCAAUCAAUUGCCUACUAUCAUAGGUCAUUAUUGUAACAUUUCCAAUGUACAUAAAAUAUUAGUCUUGUGGAAUAAUGUUGGGGAGCCAGUGCCUGGUCAGAUAAAGGAUUUUAAAUGUCGAGUACCAGUGAAGAUUAAGAUUAUGACAGAAAAUAGCUUAACGUCACGAUUUUGGCCUUACCCAGAAAUAGAAACUGAAGCAAUAUUUUCAGUUGAUGAUGACCGAAUGGUUGAUCCUCAUGGCAUGGAAAGAAGUUUUGCUGCAUGGAAGGUAAGUUUAUAUCAUAAAUGAAAUUAUAGCUCAGAAAGUUGUCUAGCUAUUAAUACAUGUAGACACAUCUAUAGUUAUAAGCAUUAUGAUGUGACUAGUAGUAACAAGAACUUUUAACAGAUACUGUAGAGUGAAAUAAGUUAACUAAUGCAUGCUUAA